AUGACCCUCCGGCGGCGCGGCGAUAAGGCGACCAUCAGCAUCCAGGAGCAUAUGGCCAUCGACGUGUGCCCCGGCCCGAUUCGGCCCAUCAAGCAGAUCUCCGACUACUUCCCCCGCUUCCCGCGGGGCCUGCCCCCGGCCGCCGGACCCCUUGCCGCUGCGCCCCCGGAGGCCCCCGUGCUCCCGGCCGCGGCCAGCGCGGGCCGCCGCAGCCCCUCCGACGGCCCUCGCGACGACGAGGAGGAUGUUGACCAGCUCUUCGGAGCCUACGGCGCCAGCCUGGGCCCCAUCCCCGGCCCCAGCCCGGUGCGGCCGCCCGCCAAACCGCCCGAGGAAGAGCCGGACGCCGACGGCUAUGAAUCCGACGACUGCACCACCCUGGGCACGCUGGACUUCAGCCUGCUCUACGACCAGGAGAACAACGCCCUGCACUGCACCAUCAGCAAAGCCAAGGGCCUGAAGCCUAUGGACCACAAUGGGCUGGCAGAUCCCUACGUCAAGCUGCACCUGCUACCAGGAGCCAGUAAGGCAAAUAAGCUCAGAACAAAAACUCUCCAUAACACCCUGAACCCCACAUGGAACGAGACCCUCACUUACUAUGGGAUCACGGAUGAAGACAUGAUCCGCAAAACGCUGCGGAUCUCCGUGUGUGACGAGGAUAAAUUCCGCCACAAUGAGUUCAUCGGGGAGACGCGUGUGCCCCUGAAGAAGCUGAAACCCAACCACACCAAGACCUUCAGCAUCUGCCUGGAGAAGCAGCUGCCGGUAGACAAGACGGAAGACAAGUCGCUGGAGGAGCGGGGCCGGAUCCUUAUCUCCCUGAAGUACAGCUCGCAGAAGCAGGGCCUGCUGGUGGGCAUCGUACGGUGCGCACACCUGGCCGCCAUGGACGCCAACGGCUACUCAGACCCCUACGUGAAAACAUACCUGAAGCCAGACGUGGACAAGAAAUCCAAACAUAAGACAGCAGUAAAGAAGAAAACUCUAAACCCAGAGUUCAACGAGGAGUUCUGUUACGAGAUUAAGCACGGCGACCUGGCCAAGAAGACCCUGGAGGUCACCGUUUGGGAUUAUGACAUUGGAAAAUCCAACGACUUCAUUGGUGGUGUGGUUCUGGGCAUCAACGCCAAGGGUGAGCGUCUGAAGCACUGGUUCGACUGCCUGAAGAACAAGGACAAGCGGAUCGAGCGCUGGCACACACUGACCAACGAACUCCCAGGGGCCGUGCUCAGCGACUGACACCCGCCUGCCGCUGCACCCGCCCGCUACCCCGGGCCCGCGCGGGCCUGCACCUGGCCUUCCUUAGCUGCCACCAAGAGCCACCGCCCCCACGUUGGGGGAGGUCAGGACUCCUGCUUGGACACAGAGCCACUUGAGCCGUACAUGGAGGUCAUGGAGGGCCUGGCUGCUCCUAGGGACAGGGGCACAGAGAGCCAGGCCCUGGGACCUGAGAGGGCCAGCAGCGGGGCCAGAGGACCUUGGCCUCAGCACCCACCCAGGGGAAGAGUCUGGGGCAUCCAGGCGGGGCUAGGACCCUCUGGAGGUCAGCAGUGAGUUACAGGAGGGCCAGGCUGAGAGAAUGGAGUGCAGGGCACCCUGGAGGCCAGUGAGAAUGGGAGGAGAGACUGCAGGCAGCGGCAGACAGGACUCUGAAGGAAGUUUGUCUUUCGAUGGAGACAAAAGGAGGAUCUGACUACCCAGUUGAUCUCUGCAUUCCUGGGCAGGCAGAGAAAAGUUGGCCUGAGAGCCAGGAGUCUGGUGGAGUUCUAGAAGGCUCUCAGAGAACACGGGAAGAUUGGCAAAGGCCCUCAUUGAACCCUCAAGCCCCCAGGGAUGAAUGAAACUCAGAGCCUGGCCUCAGGGAACUGGGAACAAACACCAUAAUAGCAAUAGCAGGUUAGAAGUGCUGUGGGCCCUGCUGACUGCUGGAGAGCAAGGAAGGCUUCCCGGAGGAGGUUAUGUUUCAGCAAGGCCUUGAAGGGUGAGUGGAGGUUUCCAGGCAGACAAAGGGGAAGGGCAGCUGCAGCAGGGAUGGUCUACAAAGGCCUGGAGGAGAAAGAAAAGAGAUUGGGCCAGGGUUGCUGUGUGGUACCCAGGAUCUUUCUCUGUGGGGGCAGGUUUUAUAGGACAGGAGUAGGGUCUAGGUCAGCAGUGCCCAGUCCUGCCCCACCCCACUCCUGGCUGCCAGGCUAGCCUGGACUCAUGGUGGGGCCAUGGGGCCAUGGGGCCGUGGUGGAAACACCUCAGAGAAACCGAUGGAGCAAUGUCAAGUCCAGUCCUAGACCCAGCUUUCCACCUUGACCUUUCUCCUCCCGAAGGACCUCAAGGAUAAGUCCUGCCCCCCAUUCCUCCAGCAGAAGUGUCAGGUCAGCUGCCACUGAGAAAAGGGUCUCUAUGCAUGAUAAGAAGCAAAAAUUCCUCGUCCUCACCCUCCUCUUCCCUUCCCCAUCACUUUUUUCUCUGGUCUCCUCAAACCCUGCCUGGACUUUCUAGAUUCAAGGCUAAGUAAGGGGGUGAAGGGGGUGGAGGUGGUUGCCCAAGCCAUCCUGCCCUUGCUGCAGCCACUGAUGUCCCUCUCAGGGGUAUGUGGUGCCACUCCCUGGGCUUAUUUCUGGGAAGGCCUGGGAGGCUAGCUCUGUCCUCCAGGAGCUGUGAGAGAGAGAGAGAGAGCCCGUGUGCGCCCUGAGUCAAGAUUUCCAGGCAGGGGGUGAGGGCAUCUGAAGCCCCAAACCUUUCCCUGCGUACCCUUCAGCAACACCAGAUGAACAAGUACAGAACCAAGGAAUUUCAAAGCUGUAGAGCCCCACUGUGUUCAACCCACUACUGCACUAAUGGGGAAACCAAGGCACAGAGAGGGAAGGUAGCCUGCCCGAGGCCUUCCAGCCCUAGCACAGCUGGGACCACAAUCUGUGGCCCCUGCCCAGCCCCAGAGCUUCAGACACUGCACUUUGGGGCGGUAAGGUGCUGGGCUCACACAAGAGGCUCCCGCUAACUGCCUGCCUGGGGCUCACCCCACCUGCUGCUCACCCAUGCCAGCACCAGUCUCGGGGCUCACAGGGGCAUGAGGAUUGGAUUUCCUGCUGCAGACACAAAGCACAUCACCAUCCGAGGCCUGGGGUGAUGAUUCAAAUCCCACCAAGUGCCCAUCAGCCCUUCCCAAACGUGUAGGGGCACCAGGUUUCCAGCCCCUACACAGCACCUGGCUCCCUCUAUCCCUCAUGAAGCCUCCGUUUCCUCAUCUUUAAGAAGGUUAUGCAUUGUAGUAAGAGUUCUACGUGCAUUGUCUUAAUGAAGCUUCACAACCUUAUCGGUGGGUUUGAUUAUUAUCCCCAUUUUACAGGUGAGGAAACUGAGGUUCAGAGAGGCUGAGAAAUUUGCCAAGUUCACACAGCUGGGAAGGAGUGAGCCAGGACUCAAACCCAGGUCCUCUGACUGCCACAUCCUCUGAAGGUCUGGGGGGUGGAACUGCCUGGCCCCCUCCCUCCUGGCCUGUUGGCUCAGCAGAGAUAACUCAGGUGAAGGCUCGGUAAGCUCCGGUGCGUGGUGCAGAUGUGGGGCCUCGUCACGCUCCUGCCUCCUCGCCCUCUACCUGGCUCUGAAGCCAUCCGUGCUGCUUCAGGCAGCCCUCAGGGGCCUGCAGCCUGGGCCCUGGAACUCCACCACCUUCUCAGCCUCAGUGGCCCAGACCUUGCCGCUCACAGAGGCCAGGCAAGGGUUCCUCUUUUCUCCGCACAGCUGGAAUGGGGAGCCUCUUGGAGCAUAAGGUGGGAGAUAGUCUGUUUUUGAGGUGUUGGGUCUGGGUGAGCUCUGGGUAUCUUUCUAGCUUUGCCUUCUUGGGGGCUCAUUCAGAAAGGAGCAUCUACAGCCUCUGCAAAGACGUGGAAAUGCUGAACGGUGAAGCUGGAGGGGCUGUGAGCACCACCUAGUACAAUUUCUUUACUGGACACAUGGGGAAACUGAGGCCCAGCCAGUGGAAGAGGCCCGGCUGGGACAAGAACCCAGGACUCCUGGCACCCAGACCUGGGCCUCAGCUGCCCCGGGCUGUGCCAAGUCUGGGCUCUGUCCUGAAAGAUGGUCUAAGCUGAACGCAGGCACAGUCAGCCUGGGGAGACGGGGCUUUCGACAGCUCAGCCCAGGUGGAAGGUGGGGAGCUUGGGCUGUCGUCUUCCCAGGGAGUGACGGAACCUUCACAGGGAUCCUGGCACUGUUCUAGGCCCUUGUAGAUUGUAUCUACAGUGUUAAAGCACUUUGAGGAGAACUGGCUCUGCCUUUGA